UUUUUGGGCUAGGACGUAUAUUUAUUGAUAGCUCUGUCAAAUAAAAAAAAAGAAAAACUUUUAAAGUUAAAAUUCAGUGCUAAAAGUAAAGUCAGUGUCAAUAGAAAUUACCAAGAUUCAAAAUAGAUUUAAUGGAGGAACAAUCAUUUGUCGAUAUAGUAUCUUCAAAUGGAUAUUCACCAAUAUCCACAGCAAUAUGUCAAAAAAACUGGAACAUGGUCGUGGAAUUAUUGCCAAAAUGUCAACCUGAAUAUGCUAUAAUUGAUCAAAUUUAUGAACCAUUGAUGGAAUAUAUAUCUGAAGAAAAUAAUAAUAAUAAUAUGAGAAAAUUAUUUGGCAUGUAUUUGUCAUUUGCCCUGAUGAAAAAUCCAAAAUCAACAAGUCAACAUUUUAAAUUAUUGGAUCGUCAAGUUUCUAUUGUUGAAUUAUUUGAAACUUCAUGGAAAGAAGUUAUAGAUUUAGCUAUUAAAAUUAAAUAUGAUUUAGAAAAAGAUAGAGCAAUAAUUAUUGAAGAAGAUAAAAAAAAAAAAAAAUUAUAUUUUAUACCCAAGUGUCGUGUAUUGUAA